GCGACAGUUACGCAGAAUUACGAGGCAAUUCCUUCGCGAAGUAAGCCGUCCUCCAUCUUGUAGUUGUUUUUCUGCGAAAUACUUUUAACCGACAAAAAAAUUCAGAAUUCACUCUGGAAGCGAUUUCUUGCUUUAUCUGUAAAAUUCACCGAAUUACUUUGCUUGUUAUACUUCUUUAGCUCGAGAAAAGUGUUUUGGAAGCUGAAAUCCAGAAGUAGCGCUGGUGAGGCCGUGGCCUUUUUAAGUUUUUUUUUUUUCUUCUCAGGCUGAGGAGAGACGUGUCUCAGACUGAAUACCGCAGACUUUUUUUUGUGUUUUAAUUUUCUUGCUGGUUAAUAUCAACUGAAGUCUGCCGAGAUGCGGGGAAGUUCCUCGUAUGGAGACAGAGACAGAGAGCGCGACAGGGACAGAGACCGGGGACGCGACCGCGGAGGCAGCACACGUUUUGGGUCGAGCAGAAGUGGCAAGUUCGGGAACCCUGGGGAACGUCUGCGCAAGAAGAAGUGGGAUCUGGAUGAGCUGCCCAAGUUUGAGAAGAACUUCUAUACGGAGCACUCGGAGGUGCAGCGCAUGACGCAGUACGAUGUGGAGGACUUUCGCCGGAAGAAGGAGAUCACCAUCAGGGGAUCGGGCUGCCCCAAGCCGGUCACCGCCUUCCACCAGGCGAACUUCCCCCAGUAUGUCAUGGACGUUCUGAUACAGCAGAACUUCAAAGAGCCCACGCCUAUCCAGGCCCAGGGUUUCCCGCUGGCGCUAAGUGGGCGGGACAUGGUGGGCAUCGCGCAGACUGGCUCUGGCAAGACCCUUGCGUAUCUUCUCCCAGCUAUUGUGCAUAUCAAUCACCAGCCCUACCUGGAGCGUGGAGAUGGCCCAAUUUGCCUGGUACUGGCUCCAACUCGCGAGCUGGCACAGCAGGUGCAGCAGGUGGCCUACGAUUAUGGCAAGUCAUCUCGCAUUAAGAGUACCUGUGUUUAUGGGGGCGCACCCAAGGGGCCACAGAUACGAGACCUGGAGAGAGGUGUGGAGAUCUGCAUUGCCACCCCAGGCCGGCUAAUAGACUUCCUGGAGGCAGGAAAGACCAACCUGCGCCGCUGCACGUACCUGGUGCUGGACGAGGCUGACCGCAUGCUAGACAUGGGUUUCGAACCACAGAUUCGUAAGAUCGUCGACCAGAUCCGGCCGGACAGGCAAACCCUUAUGUGGAGCGCUACCUGGCCAAAGGAGGUACGUCAGCUGGCGGAAGACUUCCUGCGAGACUAUGUGCAGAUCAAUGUGGGAGCCCUGGAGCUGAGUGCAAACCAUAACAUCUUGCAGAUUGUGGAUGUCUGCAUGGAGAACGAGAAGGACAACAAGCUCAUUCAGCUUAUGGAAGAGAUCAUGGCUGAGAAGGAGAACAAGACCAUCAUCUUUGUUGAAACCAAGAAACGUUGCGAUGAGCUCACUCGUCGGAUGAGGCGUGAUGGGUGGCCUGCAAUGUGCAUCCAUGGUGACAAGAGCCAACCUGAGAGAGACUGGGUCCUGUCAGAGUUUCGUAGUGGUAAAGCACCAAUUCUCAUUGCCACGGAUGUAGCCUCACGAGGACUGGAUGUGGAGGAUGUUAAAUUUGUCAUCAACUAUGACUACCCAAACUCCUCGGAGGACUAUGUCCACAGGAUCGGCCGCACAGCCCGUAGCACCAACAAGGGCACGGCCUAUACCUUCUUCACUCCGGGCAACUUGCGGCAGGCCCGCGACCUGGUGCGGGUCCUAGAAGAAGCUCGGCAGGCCAUCAACCCCAAGCUGCUGCAGCUGGUGGACUCGGGGCGCGGAGGCGGAGGUGGCAGAUCUCGAUACCGCAAUAUGGGCUCAAGCGCCAACAAUCCCAACCUCAUGUACCAGGAGGAAUGUGAGCGGCGCAUGCGCUCUGUCGGGGGGGGCAGCAAGGAUGGGCGUGGAGGUAGCGACGGAGGAACGGGGGGCAGUAGCAGCAGUGGGAGUAGCUAUAGCCGGGACGGGAGAGGGGGAGGGAGUAGUCGGGAUGGGGACAGAUCCUCCUCGUCGUCGUACAGGGAUCGCGGCAGCAGGGACAGCCGAAGUAACUCGAGUUAUGGGACGGGAUCAAACUCUACGUCCUCCUUCACCAGCAGCAGCGGGGACCAGUACCAGAGCUACAGUGGGAGCGGGAGUGGCCAGUACAACGGUAGGAGCGGCUCCCAGAUGGGCGCCGGCUCCUCCAGCGCAGGCAGUGGGGUGGCAGAUCCAUCUGGUCAACAGCAGGGGCAGUUUGGGAAUUUAGGUGCCAGGACUGGACAGCCCCCCCCACCGUCGGCUGGGCCGCAGCCUCUAAUGGCCCAGCAGUUUGCGCCCCCUCAGCCCAUGAUAGCUUUCAUGGGGCAGCCUCCUUACCCGUUUGCACCUCCACCCCCUCCCCCUCCUCCCCCACCUCGGAAUUGACA